CCCACAAGCGCUGUCGAAAGCGUCCCGGCGAUCGCAACUCCAAGUAACAAUGUUUCAGGAUGCAAAGCAUGCAGGCUUUGGCAAUUAUUUUCGCCACCGUUGUGUUUGCCGACGGAACGGAGUUACGAUAAUCGAUGGCUACCGCUUCGUUAUCGGUACUACACAACUGCGUCGCACCUAUCUGAAGUGCGCCAACUUUCGCAGCAACUGCCGGGCCCGGGCCAUUCUGAAUACGGACACGAACAGAGUGCGGAUGAGGCACGACCGCCAUAAUCACGCCCGUACGGAUGCUGUGAGCGGACGUAUCUCUAAGAAGUAGCAGAUAACUCGAAGUUAGCGCAGUAUGUGCGCUCCAACCGAGGAACCGAUCUCGUUUACCACGAGGGAAACACCUACACACCCAAUGAAAAGCU